GGGCCCUGUUAGCCUUUGCAAAUUGCAGGCAGCAACACUUUCUGAUUGCAUUUAAAGCCGUUCAGUUUUAUGUGAAUAUUAAGCCACAAGUCCUUGAAACCUGGUGCUCCUGUAACAUAAAGAAUCGAUUUAAUGCUUUUUUUUUUCUUUGUAUUGUAGCUUUCAGCACGUCAGUCUUUGUGGCUGAGUUAAACCCCUUGGGGAACGGGACUUCUAAUGAAAUUGCUGGCAGUCCCUUAAUUUUACUAGGAGCUGCAGUGCUGUCUUUGCUGUUGGGUGACAUCCCGCUUUGAUUAAAUGCUGUAAUAAACCUUGCAUCUGUGUUAGUUUUUUCGAAAAGGAAAUUCAGAAGGGACCACUCGCUGAACCAGCUCGGCUUGUGGGUUUUCUGUUUGAUCUGCUUCCAUGUUGACAUGUGUCUCUGCUGUUCCUAAACUGAAUAUUCAGGAUUUUUAAGCAGGGUGAACACUUCAGAAAUUUGCUCAAGUGGCAUCGCAUCCUGCCAACAGCGAGAUAGGAGACAGCUUUAGAAGUAAGGGCCAUUGCUGCUUUAUUUUGUUACCUGAGGCAAUUCUCCUCUUGUGCCUGCCUCUUCCCAAGCUAGCAGCAAAGCUUUUCUUUGUCUGGCUAGAGGUGUGCACUCUGGUGGGAUGUGUUUUAAUGUCUCUCCACUUAACCUUCUUUUCCCGCUUGCUUUUCUCCAGCCCUUUGCUAUCCCACACUCCCAUGCUCUUAAGUAUUUUUAGAGUUGGAUGCUUGUAGUGCUGUCAGCGAUUCAUGCUGACAGUGCCUGGUGUUCCUAGUCUUUGGAAAGUGCUUGGAAAUCACUGGAGCGAGAUUGAGCUCUGUGCUGUGAAAUAACUCCUUUUUUUUAACAAGGAAGUUGUAGCGGGGGAAGCUGCAUGUGUAAGGCUGUGCUGUGCUGUAGCCACAGGAAUUCGACCUUCUCCUUACUGAACUAACCUUUCCCUCCCCUAAAUCAAUGUAAUUUUUUCCUUCCUAGAAGAGGGGGACUGAAACUUCCUUGUCAGUAAAAUAUUAGGAAUAUGUGGGAGGGAAAAAGAGGGGCUGAAGGCCUCCUGCAGUGUAUGGGUCACAUGGAUUAAGUGCUUAUAAUGAGAAACCGUAAGGUGUACACGUGCAGAGAGCAGAAUCCCUGACUUCAUGAGACUGAUCAAGGAAUUGUUCUCAGUUCAGCCUCUGAGAGCUGGGGAUUAACCUUACCAGUGCCAUGCUCGUGAGCUGCUUGUCUAGCAACUUUUCUGUGUCUUUCAGAGCUUGCAUAUACAGCACAACUGUCCUGUCCUUCUGGAUGCUGCAGAGAUUAAAGACCUUUUCACAGGACUGCAGAUCAAGCAAGCCCGUUUCUCUUUAUUUGCUUUCCGUUCCCUGCUUGCACAGCUUCUGGAGCGGAUGCCUCAGAGCUGCACUUUAACACUUGGCUGUUUGUUUUCUUUGUGGGUGGAGAUGAGUGAACUCCAAAAGAACUUUGUUCCCUUCACUGGCAUGCUGGAAAGAUUAGACCAUUCAAAAGAAAUGAGGAAUCAAUAGGAUUAAAUGGCAGAUCCAGUCCAAAAAGUUCUUACUCAAUAGCCAUGCUCUGUGCGGAUCUAAUCAGAAUAAUGUUCUGCAUAAACCCUUUGGAGAAUCUGAAGGUUUAUAUCAGUAGUCGACCUCCUCUUGUGGUCUUCAUGAUCAGCGUAAGCGCCAUGGCAAUAGCUUUUCUGACACUGGGUUACUUCUUUAAAAUCAAAGAGAUCAAGUCUCCAGAGAUGACAGAGGACUGGAAUACUUUCCUCCUGAGGUUUAAUGAUUUGGACUUCUGUAUAUCAGAAAAUGAAACCUUAAAGCAUCUCAUCAACGACACUACGACUCCAGAAAGUACAGUGACUAGUGGACAAGCCAGAUCCUCUACACAGUCACCACAGACUCUUGAGGACUCUGGCCCAAUAAACAUCUCUGUUACAAUCACUCUGACACUGGACCCACUCAAACCAUUUGGCGGGUACUCCCGUAAUGUCACACAUUUAAGUUCCACAAUUUUUGGGCACCAAAUUGGACUUUCAGGCAGAGAAUCCCACGAGGAGAUAAACAUUACAUUCACCCUGCCUGCUGCUUGGAAUUCAGACGACUGUGUUCUCCAUGGGCACUGUGAGCAGGUGGUAUUCACAACCUGUAUGACUGUCACAGCAGCCAGCAAUGUGUUUCCUGUCACAGUUCAGCCACCACAUUGUGUCCCAGAAACAUACAGCAAUGCUACACUCUGGUACAAGAUUUUUACUACAGCCAGGGACUCGAAUACAAAAUAUGCACAAGAUUAUAACCCGUUCUGGUGUUACAAAGGAGCCAUUGGAAAGGUCUAUCAUGCUUUAAAUCCCAAGCUAACUGUUAUAGUUCCAGAUGAUGAUCGCUCGCUAAUAAACUUGCAUCUCAUGCAUACCAGUUAUUUUCUCUUUGUGAUGGUGAUUACAAUGUUCUGCUAUGCAGUUAUUAAAGGUAGACCAAGCAAACUAAGGCAAAGCAAUACAGAAUUCUGCCCUGAAAAAGUUGCUUUGUCAGAAGCAUAAUCCAUCGUCUCCUUUUACCGAAAAUGACUGAGAACCAU